AUGGCCCACCAGCUCCCAGUCCCCUCUUGCUCCUUAGCAAUAGGAGGGCCGGGGGAGGAGCAGAGACUGUCAGGGGGAAAAUGGAUUGAAGAUGAGGGGGAGGUGAAGUCAGUUAUUAUUGUCAUCUUACCCGACAGGUCAGCCCUUGGUGCAGGGCCACCCUGCUUGGCUGAGUCAAUAGGGCCAGAGACGGAUUGGUGGGAUAAGAGCCAAAUAUUGCCAAAGAGGUGCUGCUUCUUCAUAAAGAGAAGAGGAGCGGCUCGGAGUUCAGCUCGGAGUUUCAGGACCAUGGCCAAGAAGAAUGGAAUCCUAAUAUUGGGGAUCCUGCUGUCCAUCUCCAGCUGCCUUGCGUUCGAUGAGGACCUUGUCAAGUGUUUCCAGGAUCCCGAUUACGAGGCCUUACUUCUCAUAGCCCAGAAUGGCCUCCAUACCUCACCACUGUCUAAGCGUGUGGUGGUAGUGGGAGCUGGCAUGGCAGGCUUAGUGGCAGCUAAGACCCUACAGGAUGCUGGUCACGAGGUAACCAUCCUGGAGGCCAGCAACUACACCGGAGGUCGGGUGCUCACGAUCAGAAACAAGGAGGAAGACUGGUACUUCGAACUUGGAGCCAUGCGAAUCCCAGAAAGCCACAGGAUAACCCACACCUAUAUCCAGAAGCUUGGCCUGAAGCUGAAUAAGUUCAAACUGUAUGAUAGCAACACCUGGUACCUACUCAAUGGACGGCGCUAUCGUGCCUCGGAAUUCAUGGCUAACCCAGAGAUCUUGGGCUACCCCCUAAGGUCCACAGAGGAGAACAAAACAGCCACAGACCUGUACUUCCAAGCCAUUGCUAAGAUCAAACCACAUACGAAGACAUUCAACUGCAGCCAGCUGUUGUCCUUUUAUGACUCUUACUCUACCAAGGCGUCCCUGAUAAAGGAAGGAAUGCUGAGCAAAGGGGCCGUCGAGAUGAUCGGGGAUAUGAUGAAUGAGAAUGCUGGCUACUAUAAGUCCCUCCUGGAGUCCCUGAGGAUUGCUAGCACCCUCUCCAAAACUGACCAAUUUUCAGAGAUAACUGGUGGCUUUGACCAACUCCCCAAUGGCCUCGGUGCCAGCCUGAAGCCUGGCACCAUCCGUCUGGCAUCCAGAGUAGAAAGAGUGGUGAGAGAUGGGCCCAAGGUUGAGGUUUUGUACCGCACAGACGGGCCCACCUCUGCACUGCACACACUCACGGCAGAUUAUGCCCUCGUCACUGCCUCAGCCAAGGCCACACGCCUCAUCACCUUCCAGCCACCUCUAUCCCGGGACAAAACACAAGCCCUGCGCUCCUUUCAUUACUCCGGUGCCUCCAAGGUGGUUUUAGUGUGCAACAAACGCUUCUGGGAACAGGAUGGCAUCCGGGGAGGCUACUCCAUCACCGACCGACCCUCCCGCUUCAUUUACUAUCCCAGCCACAGCCUGCCAGGAGGCAGGGGAGUCCUGCUGGCUUCUUUCACUGUGGAUGAUGAUUCCAUCUUCUUAGCCUCUCUGAAGCCCAACCAGGUGAUGGAUGUUGUCCUGGAUGACCUUGAAGCAGUGCACCGCAUACCAAAGGACGAGCUAAAGCGCAUGUGCCCAAGGUCAGCAAUCAAGCACUGGUCUCUAGACCCCUUCACCAUUGGCGCCUAUGCACAGUCCAUACCCUACCAAUCUGUGGACUAUUUGAAGGAGCUCUUCCAGCCAGAGGGCCGCAUCUACUUUGCUGGGGAGCAUACGAGUCACCCACACGGCUGGAUAGACACCGCCGUCAAGUCUGGCAUCCACGCCUCCCGCAAUAUUCAGGCUGCAGUAGACAAGGAGGCCACUCCGGGACAGAUGGACAAGGAGGCCACUCCAGGACAGAUGGCUCGUUAG